GGGGGAGCUCGCGGUUCUUCCCGCUGAGGGGUGGGGGGCGGUCCCCGGGGGAGGGACGCCCAUGGAAUUACUGAGGCGUGCUCACGAGGCCGCCCUGCGGCUGGUGCUACGGCUAAGCCCCCGAGCCUCGGCCCGGGGCCCCAAGCCCCGCGCCUCAGAGGUGCUGACCCAGCAUCUGCUGCAGCGACGGCUGCCUCACUGGACCUCUUUCUGCGUCCCCUACAGCGCUGUGCACAAUGACCAGUUCGGCCUCUCCCAUUUCAACUGGGCGGUGCAGGGAGCCAACUAUCACAUCCUGCGCACCGGCUGCUUCCCCUUCAUCAAGUACCACUGCUCCAAGGCGCCCUGGCAGGAUCUAGGCCAGCAGGACCAGUUCUUCACUGCGCUGAAAGUCAUCAACCUGGGCAUUCCAACUUUAUUAUAUGGACUUGGCUCCUGGUUAUUUGCCAGAGUCACAGAGACUGUUCAUACCAGUUAUGGACCAAUAACAAUCUAUUUUCUAAAUAAAGAAGAUGAAGGUGCCAUGUACUAGAAAACCAUACAUUGAGGAACACAACUGCUAGUGACUGGUUUUCUCAUCUGCAUAAAUAUAAUAUUUAUUUUUGAUCCCUUAAAAUAAAACUUUUUUUA